AUGGUUAGCAGAUAUCAGGGAAAUUCUGACAUAGCUCAUUGGAUUGUAAUGAAAAACAUUCUUAAGUAUUUGCGAAAAAAAUGUGUGAUCUUAGUUUUUGCUGGCAAAGAUAAACUUAAGGUGAAUAGUUAUAGUGAUGCUAGCUUUCAAAUAGAUCGGGAUAAUAGUUAUGUGCAAUUUGGAUGGGUAUUUCUAUUGAAUGGUGGAGCAGUAACUUGGAAGAGUUCAAAGCAGCAGAUGGUGGCUGAUUCUACUUGUGAAUCAGAUUACAUCACAGCAAGCGAGGUGGCAAAGGAAGCGGCAUGGUUAAAGAAUUCCAUUGGUGAUUUUGGAGUUGUUCCAUCAAUCCAAGAACCCAUGGAUAUUUUCUACGACAACGAGGGUGUGGUUGCUUUGACCAAAGAACCAAAGGAUCAUGGUAGAUCAAGGCACAUCGCAGUAAGCGAGGCGACGAAAGAAGCGGCAUGGUUAAAGAAUUUCAUUGAUUAUCUUAGAGUUGUUCCAUAA